CAUGCAUGCACACACUUUCUCAGAAACACACACAGGUAGCAACAGCAGGAAAUAUUCUUUUCAAGCUUUGCUAAUCCCAGUAGGUUUAACACUGAUGCUCUUUCUUGCUCAGAUGUUUAGCUGAAAUUGUAGAUAGCAUACUUUGGUAAAUUUGAGUAUUAGUGAAAUUUACUCAAGCCUGCCUGUACUAUAGUAGUACUGUGUCCCGAAGAAUAAUUAUAUGGUACAGUAGUGAUUCACUGUUCAACCUCAGCUUUAUUGGAAGAUUAAAAAAAAAAAAAAAAAAAAAAUAGCCUUUCCUUGGGUUUAUUAACAAAAUAUUCAAACUUGCCUGUAUUAGGAUUAUGGGAUUAAUUGUGUGACCUGAUGCUUUCCUCAAGGCUCUGUAUCAUUUUUUUUUUUUUUUUUGAUAACUCUUCUAACAUUUAAAGACAGGUAUUAGUUUUAAUGUACAGUAUUAACAAAGGAAUUUUAGAAAAAUAUUCUGCAUGUUUCCGGCGUGAUGCAUUUUUUAUCGCCAAAAACUAUUGCGUUGAUUUAAAAAAACUACAAUGGUCGCUUUGGUGACGUCAUCAAGCGCGACGACAACCGCAGGAAUAAGGAAGUGCAUCCGGGGUCGGGUCGCGGGGAAGCAGCUUCAGCAAUAUUGUCCGUUUUUAAUAGCUUUUCAUUAUGUUGAAUGAAAGUGAGUUCGCAACCCUGAGAAACCGUUUCCGAAAAGAUGCCGAGCUAUUAAUGCAAGCCAAAGGCACUUUGGCCGACGAAGAUAAGUGCACAGGAGAAAAGGAUGUCAAACCUCUUCCUCGAAUUAACAAGCAUUCUGUUUUCUGGAUCGUGGCAGCGAUUGGUGUUACCCAUUAUGCGGAUUUCUUUAGCCACAUCAUUGUAAAUGAUGCUAUAAAGAGUUGGUGGUUUAAUGUGGGCCUGCUGCUCCUGGGGAUUAGCCUGUGUCUCGCCACAUUUUGUAUUGGCUACCUGGAGUGGUUUAAAGGAAUUGUGCACUAUGACCAAGAGUACCCUGCAAUCCCUCCCAUUACCACCGCUGCGUUUAUUGCUGCAUCAUUCAGUUUCAACAUUGCUCUUUGGCCAGUCUGGUCCUUCUUCACUCCGCUUAUCCUCUUCACGCAGUUCAUGGGUGUGGUGAUGCUGAUUUCUCUUCUUGGAUGAAUGUGACAGUGAAGAUGAAGAACACUCCAACAUUCAGCCAGCUUGAUGAUAUCUAGCAAUAAGCCUAUUUCACAACUUCCUGGUUCGCCACUUCCGCUAAGUAAGGUGACUUCCGAUCAGGUUUUCCAAAGACUAUUCACAAGGAAUUCGCAUGUGGACCUUUAAAGAUUUGUAAUAUUUUCAGAGGACGAUUGCAUCAUGUCCAAUUAUACAUACAGUAUAUAUACUGUAUAUAUAUAUAACAAUUACAGACAUUUUCACAACUUGACAAGUCAAGAUUUCUCAGUGGCUAGUUAUAAAGACGUAAAAAAACCCUAAAAACUCCCACACAGAACAUAUUAAUAGACAAGUCUUAUAAUGCAAGAUCUAUUUCAUUGAUGGUUACGUGGAGAAAAAAAACGUAAUCAACAGUGCCAUGAUAAUAACUCGUGAGCGAUGAUCAAGUAAAUCAAAUGUAUCUUGCAUUCUUGAGGUUUGUCAAUUAAUAUAUUCAGUAUGCAAUCCCUUCAAUGCUUUUCCCUGUUUUUUUUUUUACUUGAAUUCAUGUCCUACAUAGCUACAUACAUUUGGAGUGGGAGACUGUGAUCGCGCCUUUAUUAUGUAUUAUCAUUACAAAGAUGGGAAUGCUGGGCUGUGGACUAGAGCAAUGGAGCUGUUGCCACUCACCACAGCCCUCCCACCCCCCCUCCCAAAAAAACUGCAAGAAAAGGUGGAUGCUCAAAAACCUAAUAAAAGGACAAAACAAAAAAAAGGCCGGUGUUCCAAAAGGAGCUAGAGAGCACGACUACGCGGUUGGCAAGUAGAUGUGCACUAAUUAUCUAACUAGCUGGUUGACUGUCAUAUUUGUGUACAUCUUUAAGUAACAUCCAGCGAAUUUGUGAAUAAACGCUGUAGUUUUAACUUAUUCAAUAGGCUCCAGCACCCCGCAACCCUUGUUAGGAAAAGCAGUAUGGAAAAUGAAUGAAUGCAUGAUUGAAUGAAUGAAUACCAAAGACAUAUAGCAAUGUUUUUUAUGAUGUUCAACUAAACAUAACUAAAGAACAAAAAGGAGUGAAAACAAACUUUUUUUUUUAUGUUGAAAGAUGGGAAUCUAAUCUUUCUUUUUGUAAGUUUGUGUGUUCAUGUAACCAUAAAACACAAUAUUCUGUGCUGCUUGAAAGAAGGGGAUGUCUUGUGACUUGAUGUUUGGUGGUGAAUGAGUUAAGUGCUCUCCUGAUGGUGAUACUGGCAGAGAAGAGUUGACUAUAAUUGGAAUUAAAUUAUGCCGGAAGACCGUUUACCUAGUGUGAUGUUUGUCCGUCAUUUUGUGAAAUGGGACCCUUGUUAUUUUCCAAUCUGUAUGAUGAUGAUGAUUUUAAUGACUUUUUUUGGUUUCGUUUUUUAAAAUAUUGAAUAUACUUUGUACUGAAUUCUGAGCCGCAAGAUUUUUGAAGUUACAACUAAGCAAAAACACAUAUUAUUUAAUAACAUGAAGUUUGUGUUGAAGAAUGUCAAUGCUCCAGCAAGUGUAUUUUUGUUUCUUCAAUAAUAAAGAUGAACACAUUUUUAUAUUUGGGGAAAAAAAUCUCAUGAUAUGGUGUCACAUCAAUUAUUGGUACAUGGGUCAGGACAUAAUCUAGGAUAUUCUGUGACGGUACUAUUAAAGACAAUGUUGAAUUGAUGAUAUUUCAGUGCAACGUUUCUAAAUUGUGUAAAUUAUACUCUAGCAACAUUCUAGUAAACAAAUGAGUGUCAUGCUUAACAGACACUUUUGUACUGGAAAAUCUCUCCAUUUUGUAAUGAUAUCUCAAUUCUUGGCGGGAGCAUAUCGGUAACCUAUUGGGAUACAAAAUAUCACGAUAUAUCACCCUAUCGAUAUAUCACACCCAUGAUUCUAAUUAGGCCUUUUGGCCUUAACUGCUCAGAUGAGAGGCAAAACAUAUAAGACAACAUGAACAGUCCAUUUUUGAUAAAUGCUCUGAGAAUGAAAAUACUUUGAUGAAUGAGAGUGUACUCAGGCAUUCACCACGGUCGUCCUGGGGCUGGGAAUGUUAAAACAAUUGUCUUAGUAAUGACGUAUGGGGAAAUAACUGAAGUGUCAGAUUUAAUUUGUUCACGUUCCACUGUAUCUCAACUAGACAUGUGCCGUUUACCGGUUUCAAGUUAUACCGUGGUAUGAAAACGUCAAGGUUUCAAAACCCCAAAAAAUUUCCGUCAUACCGUCACGAAGGUUUUAGCUAUUUUCUAUGUCCAAAAAUUGCAUUGAGAAAUCCCUCACUUGCAGCUGUAAGGCCCAACCCUCCCCCACCGGUUGUUGCUCAGUGUGAGUGAGUCAGCUGUGCUACACGAUGGCUGGAGGAGGUGAAACUCCUGAACUUUUUCCCCUAUCGAAAAAUGACUAAAUCUCUGGUAAGGGAAUACUUCAGCUACAGAAAAGUUACAGAUGGCUGCGGCUCAGAGAGUAGGAGGGCCAACCGACAUGAAAAAUAUGUUUGUGGAGGGUGGCUGCCGAUUAGGCAAUAACUCCAAUUUGAUUCGCAUUUAUACAAAAUGUUUGUAAACACUGUCAUGAACGUUUCCCACCACCUACGAGAGUUAACUUCAUCAUGUUUAGUGUGUCUAGCAAUGGUAAAAUGUUUUUUUUUUUUUCUCUGGCAACGGUAGGUGUUGAGAAAGAUUGUGUGUAAAAUGUAAACAUGAUAUGACCAUACGCACAAGCUUUUUAUAGAAAAACAAUUAUUUUUGUUCUGAUGGUCAUAAUGUUGAGAUGUGGCUAUGGAUUUAGGCUCACCUAAAGGACUGCAUUUAUUUUAAUUUUUUGUAGAAUAUUUUUUUAAAAUGUAUUUCAACUUAACAUAAUACUUAUGUUGCAAUUUGCUAAUGUUUUGAAGAAUAAAAAUCCUGUUCAAUGG